ACUUCACAAAAAUAGCGUCGUUUCAAAUUGUUUCGCGGUAUUUGAGAAAGUGAAAAAUAUUUUUAUUUGUGAUGAACUAGGAUAUUAUUCGUCAUGGAUAUAGGAAAACUACUAAAAAAUGUUCAUAGCUUGACCGAGUACAUAUCAACUACUCAAGAUGCUUCGGAGAAAUGUAAAACUUCAAAAAUACAAUUGAACAUGUCGACUGUUCUUGCUCUGAAGAAAAUACGUUCUCUGGAAAUUGAGUAUUUUAAUAAAUGUGAGGAAAAUGGAAUUGCUUGUGUGAUAUUCGAGCGAAUGUUAUGUUUACCGCCUUCCAAAACGUGGGGCGUCCUCAGCAAGGAGUUGGUGAAUCUGCUGCAGUACUGGCUGGACGCCAUACGGAAACAUUUAGUUCGACACAAUUCGCAAUGGUGGACAUUUAUGAAAUUAUUACUUACAUUUAUAAAGGAGAUCAGACAAAAAGACACAUCGUUACCAAACAUAUUAGUGGAGCAUACAGCGGAAUGCCUGCUGGACCUGGCCACCAACACCCGACCGGAUGCCUUACAGAAGCAUGAGAUUCUUCACUGCUUCAACAUGUACUGCUCAGAGUCCAGCCGGGAGAUCAGAUUCGCUAUGAGGAACAAAUUUGGCCAGUAUUUCACCAAGUUAUCCAACUACAUGUCAAGCUGUGGCCACCUUCCGACCCAGUACAGCAUCAUGGAGACCCUCCUCCGCUGGCUCCUGCCUCGCCAGGACCGCACCCUGAGACUCACGUCGGCUGCCAAGUGGUUCCCUUCAUCAAUGUACGCUGAGAGUGACGUGGAUAUCUUUCUGGAACGACCGUGGGUGAAUUUCUUUCAGGACGCGAGAGAUUUCCUGAACGCUCACAACCAGAGACAUGACGAUAUAACAUCAGUUGUUUGUAGAAAGUUCACUGUCGGGAAAGUUGUCAUCAUUUCUGGUACGGAACGCCAAGAAUCGUGGCUCGACAUCAACAUGGUCAGUAAGUGUGUAUCAGUGUUGCUGGACCCGCGCGUCUUGGACACCUUCGGCUCGACCAACCACAAGUCCUUUGAAACCCUUGUCGUUACACAGCAGAACACUGAAAGCGCUAAGUUGCAUAAGGAAUCUCCCCACCUGCUUCUAUCAAUACGGACGACCACUCCACCCCAAGUGCUACCGUCAAACGUACACCUGGGCGACGACGUCGGCUGUGACGUCACAGCCGUUCUCACGACACGUUGUGACGUCACGAGGCUCAACGAUGCACUGAGGAAAUUGUUCGAGGAUAAGUAUGAGUUGCUAUUGGAUUUAGAGAAAGAUUUGGAACUAUCGCCUAUGAAAGCAACGGAUAAUUCUAAACAAACUAAAAAUACGGACGAAGAUCAGAGGUUCUCGCACCCAGUCGAAGUGAGGAGACGUAAACAUUCAGGUUACAUUGUGAAGCCGAGACAACCUCUCUCUUGCAUGUCCCCAUCCACAGCUUCAACCAGCUCGUUGGCACAGCUACAUGAAAAGCUAGCAGCGUUACCUAGAUACAAAUAUGAUAAAGAGCCAGUUAGUGUCUGCGCUCCCCCAGACCUCUCCAUAGUCACUGAAGUCAGUGAAGCUGACGACAGGCAAAGCCUCAACACCACAUUCAAAAGCAAACCUUACGGUGUUUGCUAUAAAAACCUAAAUACACUAGACCAAAGAAAAUCCCAAAGCGACCCAGAAUCUUCUAGAAAACAUAGAGGCAGGAGAUUAUCUCCUAUCGUUAACGAAGAUACGACCAGUUGUUUGUUAGUUGCAACUGUCGGAUCAGCUGAUGAUUCAGUGAUAAACGAUACCGUAGAACGGCUGUCAAAAUCCAAAGAUUAUAAUCCCGAUAAUAUUGUUGAUUUGUUAGUCCAAGAGGCUUUGCAAGCGAAGCAAGAUGAUAAGUACAGAUCUGAUAGUGGCAUAAACACUGGAGAUAAGAAAUCUCAAGAUAUUUAUGAGAAUACGGACACUAUAGAUGGUACGCCAGAAAUCGAUCAAGUAAAAUUGAGUAAGAAGAAGCCUAAAGUUGUAUCUUCAACAUCUGAUGAGUCAAAUACGGAAGCUAUAAAUGAAACACCAUGUUUUGUCAACACGCGAAGGAAAAAUAAGAAAGAUCCAGCGCCCAGAAACUCGUUCGAUGAACAAGUAGUUGAAGAAUUCUUUUCUCAGCAUUUCACAGAGAACAAAGCAGGCGAAAUUAUUAUAAGUCCUACGCUAGCUAAGAAAAUCAAUGAAACUAGUUCGGACACUAGCGAUAAUUUUGGUGAAAAUUUCAAUUUAAUAAAUGGAGAUAUUGAAGAAGAUAUUGUACCGUACGAUUUUAAUAAUAUUGAAGUAUUAGAAUGUCUGAAUAACAUGGUAGAUAGAGUUUGCGAUGAAUUUGACAAAUGCACUGAAUAUUUGAAUAAAGAUGAGGGUAUUGCAGCAGAUUUGAAUGAUACUAUAGAAGAAGAUUUACCUUUGAAAGAUAUAAUAAACAAAAUACAUAACAUUGAAUCUAAAAAAUCUGAUAAGAAAUCGAAAAAGAAACCUAAAUUGAAGUAUAAGAUCACUCCUAAGAAGGCUAAAGCUCGGGCUUCUAGACGGAAGAAUAAACUUGAAUUGGAGUCUGCGUCCAAAAUGUCCACUAUAAUUGAAGAUCAGGGUUUAGAGAGUGCAGCGGAGAACCUCGAUAAGGAAGAAGUCAUAACUAAGAAGCCUGAAGAUGUACAAGUAGAGGAGACUAAGCAAGAUGCUCCUACUGACAAAAUUGAUACAGAAACACCAAUAACGCGAAAAAAACGUAAACUCUACUCGCCUAAAGAUGAAGGAGCGACUUCAGAAUCUCCACAACCUGAAAAUCCUAUCAUAUCAGAACCAAGUAAAAUAAAGAAAACACCUAAAAUGACGGCUACUGCUACUUGCUAUAAAGAGAUUGAGAAGGAACGGCAAAGACGUGUGAGGAUGCCAAGAUCAAGGAAAUCUAAGGUCAUUGACCCACCGUCGCCAAGAACUAAAAAACUAAACGAUAUGUUUGACAAAGUAAAGGAAUCAGCUGACGGCGAAAAAGUCAAGUUAGCUAAUAAAACUUUGGAAGCAGACCAAUACAACUUUACCAGUGACAGCGAAGACGAUUUCAAAAUCAAAAAGACAGAAAUAUCUAAAAGAAAUAGCACUACUACUAUUGGGAGUUUUGAAUCUACUCGUUCAAAACGUGGACGAACCGUCAAACGUAUUAAUUAUACUGAUAACAAGUCCUCAGAUGAUAGUAAUAAGGCUAAACGAAAGCUGACUCGAAAGAUACGCAGUAAAAAGCGAGCAAAUGCUGAGCUAAAUGAUUUAAUUGAUGAAAGAAUGAGGAAAGCUAAAGAUGUACUCAAUACGUCCAUAUUAGUAGAAAAAAUGGAGCCUACAACAACCAAUCCUAUUCUGAAUCUCGAUAAAGAACCAGAAAUGGAAAUUAUUGAAGAAAAACCCUAUUUUUCGGAAGAUAAUCAGAAAAAGAAGGGAAAGAAACCUAAAGUUGAGACCUCGGAGUCGAAACGUUCCAAAAAAGUAUUGAAUAAGGCUGUAGUAGAAAAGGUUAGGAAUUUCGAUGACGACAAUAGAACUGAAAGUCCUCUACCAGGCUUACUCGUGGAACCAGCUACUACAAUUCAUGAUGAUACAAACGAAUUAUCUACAAUGGCCGAUAAAUUCAAAAAGAUUUAUCAGGAAGGUCCAGAAAAUUACAUAAAUGAGACUAGUACUACGCACAAUCUGCUCUCAGACGUCGAAAGGCUACGAAAUGAGGACAUUACUGAAGAGUAUAUAGAAAUUGAGGACCCAUUUCAAGGCAAAGAAUUUGAAAUAAAACCAAACAAAAGUGUAUCUAGAAAGAAGAAAAUGAAUACCUCUUUAAUCAGAAAUAUUAAGAAGGAAAGAGUUUCAGAAGCAAGAGAAGUGCAAGAAAACAUAGAAGUAAUUAAUAUUUUAGAGGAAACUGAGGAUAAAUCGGAGAAAUCUAUAGCGACAAUAGGCAUUACGGGACACGGGGAACUAGACGAAGAACCGCCGAGUCCUAAACUUAUAAACGAGAGAUUAGAACCUCGGAACUUAGAGGUCGAAGACCUAGAUACUUCUAUGAAAGAUUACUUCGAGAAACUCACUAAGGAUAUGAAUGAAUCUAAUAAUAGAAUAUCUAACAGCUCUAAUGAAGAGAAUAUUUGUAAAACUAGUGUUAAAACGAAGAGUAGUGGAAGUGUUAAAACUAAAUCUCCUGUCAUAUCUAUAAAGAGAAUGUCGUCCGAAGACAUAAGUAGGUGGUUGCCUUCAAGACGGAAUUCUGAUUCAGACGACUCCUAUAGUGGUAAAUCUACCAAAAAGAAUAAUGAAGAAGCUGUAGUUAUUGAAAGUCAAACAAAAGAUGAUGCUAAUGAGGUUGUAGAAGUCAAUACAAAGAGGCAAUCAAUGAGAUUGAUUUUCAGAAACUCACAACCAGUUAAAAUAAGCGAUAGAGCUGAAGUAAAGAGUGAUUCUGAUUCCGAGAGCUAUCACAAUACUCCAAAACGUAGUAGUAAACUUAGAGCUAAAUCGAAAGUUUCAGAAGUAACAAAGAAACCGAAAUCUAUAGACGAACCAGUUACGAAAGUUAAAACAAAACAUACUUCUUUAAUAUCCCCUAUAAAACUCUUCGAUGAAUUAAUAAGCAACGCGGACAAACAGUCAGAACUCACUCUCUCGGACGAUGAAGAAUACAUGAAAGACAUAAUAACUACUUUAGCAGAGAAAAAGAAAACUAAUGUUCCUAAACCUCUUCCUAAUAUUAAAGCUAAAUCUAUAAGUACAGUUUCAAGUCAAUCUAAGAUAAGUACGUCUACUAAAAUAGAAGAUUCUAGAAAAAGGAGAUUGGAGGAAGAAAGAGAGGAUUUAGUAAAGAAGAGAAAAGUAGAAGUGAAUAAUAAUGUGGAACGUGUUUCUAGUGGACUGACUGUGUCUAGUGUUGAUGAGUGGUUCAAGAGGAUCGAGCCGGAUGGCAGCAGAGCUGAAAUGAUAAGUUCGUCGAUGAGACAUAGCUUGCAGGGCGUGCUAGAGAGACUGGAUACCACCCUCGUGGAGAUACACAGGAAUACUAGCAAAAAAUUCGUGCACCUAUUCGUGAACGCUCAGAAGCAGUUGCUUGCAUUAAAAGAGCGGCGGCAGACCAUGUACAAGCAGCUGGCGUCCGAUAUUCUCAGCGACGUUGUCAAGAUUAUGGAUCAGAAGUUUGCUGAUCUAGACGAAAGAUCACAAGAAUUAGACGGCACUUUCAUGAAACAGCUCAAGGAGCAGGCUUCAGAGCUGAUUCGGGAAGAUUGCAAGCAGAAGCGAGUGAUGGUUCGUCUGCUGAAGGAAGAUGUUCAGGCAGUCGUCGACCACUUGGAGAGGCAGGCUCUUUGACUUCAGAAAUAGUAAAAGAAGUUAGUCUGCCAAACCCAGGUGGUAAGUGGUCGAUCCAUAAUAAUAUUUGAACAUAAUACAAGUUGUAUAAUUUACUUAAUUGUAAAAUAUACAAUACAUUUUAUGUAUAAUAAUAUGCAUCCUGUAUAAUUAUAAUAUUAUUUUAAGAAUUUCUAUUAAAAGAAUGAUCUCAAUAAUUUUAUAUGUUACCGAUAAUUUAUUAAAGUAUUCGUAAUUUGGAGGAUAAAAACACGAUUUUUUAAUAUUUUGCAAUUUGUUUAUUACAACAUUAUUGCAUAAAACUGUUGUUAAAAUAUCCACCUAUUGUUAUUUAUUUUUUAUCCUCUUCUCUGUCUACACGACGCGAGACAAUAAUUGUUAAUUCUAAUUUGUUAAUUUUAUCAAAUGUUUAAUAAUUCUGUUA